AUGUGGUGGCGGUCUCAUGUGGAGUGUCAACCAGAAAAGGCACCACCUAUGACUUGGACAUCAUUUUCUAGCUUAUUUAUGGAGAAGUACAUACCCCAGACUUUGAGGGACAGAAGGAGAGAUGAGUUCCUGAACAUAGAGCAAGGAAGGAUGUCUGUUGCAGCUUAUGAGGCUAAAUUUUGUGCGUUAUCCAGGUAUGCCACUCAGCUUUGCUUCAGUCUGCAAGAGCGGAUUCGCCGCUUUGUAAAGGGAUUGAGGUCAUAUUUGCAGAUCCCAGCUUUACAGGUAGCUGCUUCUGUAAAAUAUUUUCAGGAAGUGAUUGAUUUUGUGAUAGAGGUAGAGGGGGUGAAGCUGGAUGACUUCACCAAGGUGUCAACAUUUAAAAGGUUUCGUAAGGAAGGUGAGUUUGGUGGUUCGUACUCCAAAGGGCAGAGUUCAGGGGGCUAUCCACCCCGUCCUAUUCAGUCUUCAUUGCAGGCUUCAGUUGAGGGUCCGUUGCGGACUAGUCAACCUUUUUCUAAGUUUGGGGGUUACCUCCAGUCUUCUUCGUCUUCACAGAGACCUACACUCGACUCUAGGACUUCUUAUGGAUGUGGAAAGGCCGAACAUAUCAAGAAAUAUUGUCCAAAGCAGAGUCAGGCUCGGUACGAUCAGAGUUACAGAUCCCCAGCAAUUAGAGGUAGAGGUGGUCAUGGUAGAGGCCGUCAUUUUGGAGGACGUGGUGGCCAAGGUAAUAGUGGUCACCAGUUCAACCUGGGUGGCGGGCAGGUUGGAACUACUGGAGCGCAGCCCGGCAGAGGCAAUGGACAGACAGGUGAUAGGGCCCAUUGUUAUGCUUUCCCCGGGAGGUCAGAGGCAGAGACAUCCGAUGCUAUUAUCACAGGUACUCUUCUGGUCUGUGAUCGCAUGGCUUCUAUAUUGUUUGAUCCUGGAUCCACAUUUUCUUAUGUAUCUUCCUCGUUCGCUACUGGUCUUAAUUUGCAUUGUGAUUUGCUUGACAUGCCUAUUCGUGUCUCUACUCCUGUUGGUGAGUCUGUGAUAGUGGAAAAGGUGUAUAGGUCUUGCCUUGUGACUUUUGUGGGGGGUGAGACUUAUGUAGAUCUGAUUAUUCUAGAGAUGGUUGAUUUUGAUGUAAUUUUGGAUAUGACUUGGCUUUCUCCAAAUUUUGCUAUCUUAGAUUGUAAUGCUAAGACUGUGACCUUGGCCAAGCCUGGGAUAGAUCCACUAGUGUGGGAGGGUGACUAUAUUCCCGCCCCAGUUCGUAUUAUCUCUUGUCUUCGUGCUAAGAGGUUGGUGAGUAAGGGUUGUUUAGCCUUCUUGGCACAUCUCAGGGAUGAUACUUCCAAAGUGCCUUCAAUCGAGUCUGUUUCGAUAGUCCGUGAGUUUACAGAUGUUUUUCCUUUUGACCUACCUGGUAUGCCACCAGAUAGAGAUAUUGAUUUUUGUAUUGACUUGGAGUCGGGGACUCGCCCCAUUUUCAUUCCACCUUAUAUAAUGGCCCCAGCUGAGUUAAGGGAGUUAAAGGCCCAACUUCAAGAAUUGUUAGACUACAGGCAGCUGAAUAAGGUAACUAGUAAGAACAAGUACCCCAUUCCUCGCAUUGAUGACUUGUUUAAUCAGUUACAGGGUGCUUUCGUAUUCUCUAAAAUUGAUUUUGAGGUCCGAUUAUCAUCAAUUGAAAAUGCGGGCAACGAACGUGCCAAAGACUGCUUUUCGAACCAGAGAAGGAGGGAACAUGAGGAGCAUUUGAGAAUUGUAUUGGGGUUGUUGAGGGAGAAAAAGCUUUAUGCCAAAUUCUCCAAGUGUGAGUUUUGGCUCGAUUCAGUGUCCUUCUUGGGGCACGUGGUUUCUAAGGAUGGAGUGAUGGUGGAUCCCUCUAAGAUUGAAGCAGUGAAGAGUUGGGUAAGGCCUACUAAUGUUUCAGACGUAAGGAGCUUUGUUGGUUUAGCUAGCAACUACCGCCGAUUCGUACAGGGAUUCUCUUCCAUUGCUUCCCAGUUGACCAAUUUGACCAAGCAGAAUGUUCCAUUUGUAUGGUCGAAUGAGUUGCUAAUGCAGAAGAGGAAUGUAAUUGCCUAUGCUUCAAGGCAAUUGAAAGUGCAUGAACGUAACUAUCCAACCCAUGAUUUGGAGUUGGCUGCAGUUGUAUUUGCAUUGAAACAGUGGAGGCAUUAUCUAUAUGGGGUCAAAUCUUCUUUUCUGGACAAGAUUAAGGGAAAGCGGUUUGAGGAUGAGAAGCUGAGUCGAAUUCGAGAUAUGGUGUUGCGGGGAGAUGCUAAGGAGGUUGUGAUUGAUGAGGAAGGUGUCUUGAGAAUUAAGGGGUGGGUGUGUGUGCCCCGUGUUGAUGACUUGAUUCAUACUAUUCUUGCAGAGGCUCAUAGUUCGAGGAAUUCUAUACAUCCUGGUGCAACCAAGAUGUAUCGUGAUCUGAGACAACAUUAUUGGUGGAGUAGAAUGAAGCGUGACAUUGUUGAUUUUGUUACCCAAUGUCCGAACUGUCAGCAGGUAAAGUAUGAACAUCAGAGGCCUAAAGGGACACUUCAGAGAAUGCCCAUUCCGAAAUGGAAGUGGGAAAGAAUUGCAAUGGAUUUUGUCGUUGGUCUUCCAAAGACAUUGGGUAAGUUUGAUUCUAUUUGGGUAAUUGUUGACAGGUUAACUAAGUCUGCUCACUUCGUUCCGGUCAAGAUGACUUACAGUGCAGAAAAGUUAGCCAAACUCUAUAUCUGUGAGAUUGUUCGAUUGCAUGGAGUUCCAAUUUCCAUCAUAUCAGAUAGAGGUACGCAAUUUACUUCUAACUUUUGGAGGACCUUGCAUGCUGAAUUAGGUACUAGAUUGGAUCUUAGUACCGCAUUUCACCCUCAGACUGAUGGACAGUCUAAGCGAACAAUUCAAGUGUUGGAGGAUAUGCUUCGUGCAUGUAGGUCUCCCAUUAGAUGGUUUGAUUCAUUUGAGGUGAGGCCUUGGGGUACUGAUCUCUUGAGAGAAUCAUUAGAGAAAGUGAAAUUCAUUCAGGAGAAGCUUUUAGCACCUCAGAACAGGAAGAAGGAGUAUGCAGAUCGGAAGGUCAGGGACUUGGAGUUUAUGGAGGGUGAGCAGGUCUUGCUAAAGGUUUCACCCAUGAAGGGUGUGAUGCGGUUUGGUAAGCGAGGUAAGCUUAGUUCGAGGUACAUUGGGCCAUUUGAAAUUCUUAAGCGCGUGGGGGAGGUGGCCUAUGAAUUGGCCUUGCCUCCAGGGUUGUCAGGGGUGCACCCGAUAUUUCAUGUGUCCAUGCUGAAAAAAUACCAUGGUGAUAGAAACUACAUUAUUCAUUGGGAUUCAGUACUGCUUGAUGAGAAUCUGUCUUAUGAGGAGGAGCCUGUAGCUAUUCUAGAUAGAGAGGUUCGCAAGUGA